AUGACCUCCAACAGUUCUAAAGCUUUCCAAUUUUGGAAGAACACCGACCUUGGAAAGGCCUUCGAUCAGGUUGAUCUCCCACCAGAAGUUAUCAACCACUCAUUCAGCGGGUCUGGCAGCCAGAAAGAUCCCUACAUUGUCGGCUGGCUGUCUGACGACAAAGACAAUCCAAUGAACUUCUGUGGAACUAGGAAAUGGCUACUCAAUCUGCUUGGUGCUUUUUCUGCCUUUACAGUUGCUCUCGCGUCCUCAGCCUAUUCAGGUGCGCUAGCCAAAAUUGUCGCACAUUUUGCGGUCACUGAGGAGAUCGCGCUGCUGGGGGUCUCGCUGUUUGUCAUUGGCUUUGCUGUAGGUCCUCUUCUGUGGGCUCCGCUCAGUGAAGUCUAUGGUCGUCGUUAUGCUUAUAUCGCAAGUGGUGCCGCGCUGACCGCGACUCUGGCUGGUACCGCCGGGGCGCACAACAUCGAGACGCUACUUGUUUUGCGAUUUCUUUCCGGGAGCUUGGGCUCUGCGCCCAUGGCUAUCUCUGGGGGAUUAAUUGCAGACCUUUUUCCUCCAGCCACUCGGGGUCUGGCCCUCGGGCUUUUUGUGGUUGCCCCUUUCUUAGGGCCAGCCUUGGGCCCUAUCAUCGGCGGCUUUAUGGUGGAAAGAGCAGGAUGGCGCUGGGUUCAAGGACUUCUGGCUAUUAUCGCAUUUGUUCAAUGGCUGACCUUGUUUCUUUUCUUGCCUGAGACAUACUCGCCUGUUCUUUUGAAACGGCGAGCGCAGCGACUGUCUAAGAACACUGGCCAUGUAUAUCGCACGAGCAUGGAGAUGAAUCAUUUUGGCUCAAGCUUGAUGGUGACCCUGUCUCGACCGUGGGUGCUUCUAUUUCGUGAACCUAUUGUGCUUCUCAUCUCAUUAUAUAUGUCCAUAAUCUAUGGGACUUUAUAUAUGUUCUUCGCUGCAUACCCGAUCAUCUUCCAGAAGAUACGUGGUUGGAGCGAGGGGCUUGGUGGACUGAGCUUUUUAGGGAUUAUGGUCGGGAUCCUGCUCUCCAUUCCAGGCAUGUUUAUCAGCCACGCUCGUUACCAAAAGAAGGCAUCCAAGGGACCCAAACGGAUGGCUCCGGAGACGCGUCUUCCCGAUUCCUUCAUAGCUAGUGUUGCCCUCCCAAUAGGGCUCUUCUGGUUUGCCUGGACUAAUUCUCCUACUAUUCACUGGAUUGUGCCUAUCAUGGCUGGUCUUCCGUUUGGAUUUGGGUGCAUCAUGGUAUUCUUGCCUUGCUUGAACUAUCUAGUGGAUUCUUAUACGAUUUAUGCAGCCUCGGUGAUUGCAGCAAAUUCUGCCUUGCGUUCAAUUUUCGGUGCAGCAUUUCCUCUCUUCACGGGAGUCAUGUACGAAAAUCUCGGGAUUCAUUGGGCAGCUUCCGUUCCUGCAUUCAUGGCACUGGCCUGUGUCCCCAUACCGUACCUGCUCUUUGUUUACGGGGCUAGCAUUCGAAAAAGAUGUCAUUAUGCCGCUGAGGCAGAUGCCUUCAUGGAGCGCCUUUUGAAAGUCGCCGAAGCAUCGACUGGGCAGACAGAAAUCAAGUCCAAAGAUAAUGAAGUGAACACCAAGAGCCGCCUUCCAGAACAAUCUAUUCCUCAAUUGACUUCCUUGGAGCGCAUUGGUCUCAAAGUCUGGGUACGCUACCUCUUCGUCUUUGAUCUUGGAGAGGAAUAUGACAUCGAUGAAGUAUCCAGGAUCAUUCGCGCGGGAUAUUCGUCAUUGCAACAGACAGUCCGCCUGGCAAACUGUGAGGCUGUUCCCGACCUUGACUGGAGGCAAAGAGGUGUCUUUAAGCUUCAACCUUUGAGAGACGACGACUUUGAAGGCGUGGUUGUGAAGGACCUUCGGCAAUCUGAUGCUUUCCCGUGGAGCCAUAAAGAGCUGAAGGAGAGAUCUUUCCCCGUGGCUGCCUUUGAUGCCAAUCUUAUAUGUCGCCAGUCCGUUUUUCCUAAACCCGGUGACCGUCUUCCAACCUCUCUUGUGCAAGCAAAUUUCAUCCGUGGGGGACUAGUGCUAAACUGGUGUGCCUUGCAUUUGGUUGGAGAUGGUGCGUCCUUCCACCUUUGGCUAAAGAUUUGGGCCGAUGGUUGCCGACGAGCGCAGCACGAGAGCUUGGGACCUCUUUAUCUGGAUGAAGCUAUUUGGAAUGACAGAGAGGCUUUGAUGAAGCCAGCGGGUCACAACAAGGGCCGACUCGAAAAUCACCCGGAGUAUACUUUAGUCGAUGUUUUACCUGCUAGUGGUCCACCACCGAAGGCGACGGAUCCCAACCAACGAACACAGUUGUUCUACUUCUCUCCCGAGUCUCUUCAGGCUUUGAAGGAGGAAGCGUCCCCUAAAAAUUCUACCGAGCUAUCAGAUCAGAAAUGGAUAUCAACAAACGAUGCCGUGUCGGCCUUGCUUUGGCGUUCUGUACAAACCAUCCGAAAUCCUCUAGAUACCCUCGAAGGAGAUCCAAUCUCAGUUUUGAGUAUCUCGAUGGAUGGAAGGAGCCGCAUGGAACCAAAAAUACAUCCUGAUACCUUGGGUUGUUGUCUAUUGUGGAGCGCACCUUCAGUAUCGAUUCGCAAGAUGCUACAAUCGCUUAAUUUGGCUGAUUUGGCAACUAUCAUCCGCAAGGCAGUUUCAAAAGCAGACAACCAGUAUACCGAUGAUGUGAUGACUCUUAUAGAUAAUCUUGACGAUACUAGAUGCCUGGCAUUGACAGCUGGUCUUGACAGUGCCGGAGUCAACUGCACGCAAAGCUCCUGGGCCUCCUAUCCUCUUUACUCUCUUGAUUGGGGCUCCAAACUCGGUCACAACAUGACUUCUGUACGAAUGCCUGGUAAUGGGCCUCUCGAUGGGAUACAGAUUAUCUUACCAAUGUUACCGGAUGGAGGUAUGGAGGUUCUUGUCGGUGUUGAUACUACUUUGCUGGACAAUCUCCUGAACGAACCUCUUUUGAAAAGAUUUGCGGUCGCAAGAUCCCUUUAG